CAUCCUCUAUUAAAUACAUGGCAAUUCCUCAAAACCGAUAUAUGAUUUUAUGAUAGAAGGAUGCAUAUAUAACUUACCUAAUCCCAUGGCAAGACACGCAUCUUCCUCCUGUCUUCUUCUUCUUCUUCUUCUUUGGAUCUCACCUGCACUUGUUUCUUCCACUUGUAAUGAGCAUGGUGAAAAGGAUUUUUACAUCGUUUACAUGGGAAAUCAAGCCGAUAACAAAGAUGAGGCAAUGAAGGCGCACAUAAAUAUUCUGUCGUCGGUGAAACAAAGCAGCCAGAAGGAGGCGAAAGAAAGCAUGGUUUACAGUUACACCAAGAGUUUGAGCUUCAAUGCUUUUGCCACCAAGCUUUCUCCAGAUGAAGCUGAUCAGAUGAUGGAGAUGGAAGAGGUAGUGGGUGUCUUCCGAAAUCGAUAUCAUAAACUCCACACGACAAAAUCAUGGGAUUUCAUCGGACUUCCUCAAUCGGCAAAAAGACAUCUGAAUAUGGAAAGAGACGUCAUUCUCGGUGUCUUAGACACAGGAAUAACUCCGGAUUCGGAGAGUUUCAAAGACACCGGUCUCGGCCCUCCCCCUUCCAAGUGGAGAGGAUCUUGCGGCCCUUUUGCCAAUUUCUCCGGAUGCAACAACAAACUGAUAGGGGCAAAGUACUUCAAGCUCGACGGAUCCGAUCCACCGGAGGGAGAGAUCCUCUCACCGAUCGACAUCGACGGCCACGGCACUCACACUUCCUCAACCGCCGCCGGCGUUCCCGUCGCUAACGCUAGCCUCUUCGGCCUCGCCAAUGGCACUAUCCGCGGCGCCGUGCCCUCCGCCAGGGUCGCCAUGUACAAGGUCUGCUGGUCCACCUCCGGCUGCUCCGACAUGGACAUCCUCGCCGCCUUUGACGCCGCCAUCCACGACGGCGUCGAUGUCGUCUCCAUCUCCAUCGGCGGGCCCCUCGCUGACUACUCAACGGAUUCGAUCUCGCUGGGUUCGUUCCACGCCCUGAGGCGAGGAAUUCUGACGGUGGCAUCCGCCGGAAACGAUGGCCCGGACCUAGGGACGGUGACAAACCACGCGCCGUGGAUAUUGACGGUGGCGGCGAGCGGCAUGGAUCGGGCGUUCAGGAGCAGAAUUGAUUUAGGGAACGGCAAAUCCAUCAUCGGAUCAGGGAUAAGCAUGUUUGAGCCGAAGGCGAAGUUAUACCCACUUGUUAGCGGGGCAGACGUUGCCAAGCCCCCUUACGACAACACUUCUUCCAUGUACUGUAUAUCCGAUUCAUUGGACGCCAAGAAAGUGAAGGGAAAGGUGGUGAUGUGCAGACUAGGGGGAACUGGUCCUGAAUCCACUGUGAAGUCCUCCGGUGGGGUUGGAACUAUUAUUGCCGAUGGCCACUAUCUUGACAAUGCCCAAAUCUUCAUGGCUUCCGCUACCAUGAUCAAUACCUCCCUCGGCGAUUCCAUCGAUAAAUACAUCCAUUCCACCAGAUCACCAUCUGCAGUGAUACAAAGAACUCAAGAAGUGAAUGUCCCUGCUCCAUUUGUGGCUUCCUUCUCAUCCAGAGGUCCCAAUCCUGCCUCAAAACGCCUUCUAAAGCCAGAUAUUGCAGCACCGGGAGUGGAUAUAUUGGCAGCCUUCACACUGAAAAGAUCGUUGACGGGGUUAAAAGGUGACACCCAAUUCUCCAAAUACUCUAUCCUGUCAGGUACCUCCAUGGCGUGCCCUCACGUUGCUGGAGUGGCCGCCUAUGUCAAGUCUUUCCACCCCAACUGGACCAUUGCUGCCAUCAAAUCUGCCAUCAUCACCUCAGCUAAACCGAUGAGCCGAAGAGUUAACAGCGAGGCCGAGUUUGGUUAUGGAGGAGGACAGCUAAACCCAAGACGAGCAGCGAACCCUGGCUUAGUCUACGACAUGGAGGAGAUCUCUUACGUCCAGUUCCUAUGCCGCGAAGGCUACACCUCAGCAGCACUGGCCAAGCUUGUCGGCUCACGGUCCGUCAACUGUUCCUCCAUAGUUCCGGGGCUCAGCCACGACUCGCUCAACUACCCAACGAUGCAGCUGGCGCUGAGAUCGACAAAGGAGACGACAGAGGCAGUGUUCAGGCGGAGAGUGACCAACGUGGGACCGGCCUUGUCGGAGUACAAGGCGACAGUGAGGGCACCCAAGGGAGUGGAAAUAAGGGUUGAGCCGAUGAUUCUGUCGUUUAAGAAGGCAGGGCAGAAGAGGAGCUUCAAGGUGGUAGUGAAGGCCAAACCCAUGGCUCCUGGUAAGAUGGUAUCGGCCUUGCUCCUUUGGCAGAGCCCUCGUCACGUUGUCCGCAGCCCUAUCGUUAUCCACAACCCUUCUGGUUGAUUGAUGCUUUCACUUACAAAUCAAAUAAGGUAGCUUCUUUGGGACACACGAAAUCGUGGGGUGCAACGGUGAUUGAAACACCCCUCCCGUAGGAGUUUCCCCUCCGAGGAACUGCCCUGUAUAUCUUCAUUAGCUUUUCCCUUUGAAAAACAAGGGUAAGGUAUUAUGUGAUACAGUAAUGUUGGCUUAAAAGUUAAGGGAUAUUUUUUUUUUUUGGAAUUAAAA